CUCAGAAGCCAGCCUCUCAGUUCUGAGGGACUGCUCUGAAGAGGUUAGAGGGCCAGUGAGCAACUCGCGCGAGACACAGUAUUCUCGCGAGAAGUCUGGGAGGCGGCAGUGAUGGCGGCGGCGGGAACCGGACCCGGCCCGGGAGUGAAUGCAGGACCCGGCCCGGCAGUGGCUGCAAAUGCAACACCGGCAGAAGAAGGGGAAACGAAACCGGUAGUAGCGGUAGCAGCCGCUCCGGCCGGGGAGGGGACGUCUGCUGCUCCAGCCGCGGAGCCUGGCUCUGGAGAGGCCGAAAGCGGGGAUGCAAACUCAGUUGAUGUAAGUGGUGGCUUGGAGACAGAAUCCUCUAAUGGAAAGGAUACACUAGAAGGUGCUGGGGAUACUUCAGAGGUGAUGGAUACUCAGGCGGGCUCCGUGGAUGAAGAGAAUGGUCGCCAGUUGGGAGAGGUGGAGCUGCAGUGUGGAAUAUGUACCAAAUGGUUCACAGCAGACACCUUUGGCAUAGAUACCUCAUCCUGUCUACCUUUCAUGACCAACUACAGUUUCCACUGCAAUGUAUGCCAUCAUAGUGGGAAUACCUACUUCCUCCGGAAGCAAGCAAACUUGAAAGAAAUGUGCCUUAGUGCUUUGGCCAACCUAACCUGGCAGUCCCGAACACAGGAUGAACAUCCGAAAACCAUGUUCUCCAAAGAUAAGGAUAUCAUACCAUUUAUUGAUAAAUAUUGGGAGUGCAUGACGACCAGACAGAGACCUGGGAAAAUGACCUGGCCAAAUAACAUUGUUAAAACGAUGAGUAAAGAAAGAGAUGUAUUCUUAGUAAAGGAACACCCCGAUCCUGGGAGUAAGGACCCAGAAGAAGAUUACCCCAAAUUUGGCCUUCUGGAUCAGGAUCUUAGUAACAUUGGUCCUGCUUAUGACAACCAAAAACAAAGCAGUGCUGUGUCUACCAGUGGGAAUCUAAAUGGUGGAGCCUCUUUUGGAGGGGGAAUUGCAGCGGGAAGCAGUGGAAAAGGAAGAGGAGCUAAGCGCAAACAGCAGGAUGGCGGGGCCACAGGGACCACCAAGAAGGCCCGGAGUGACCCUUUGUUUUCUGCUCAGCGCCUUCCCCCUCAUGGCUACCCCUUGGAACACCCAUUUAACAAAGAUGGCUAUCGGUAUAUUCUAGCUGAGCCCGAUCCCCACGCCCCUGACCCUGAGAAGCUUGAACUCGACUGCUGGGCAGGAAAACCGAUUCCUGGAGACCUCUACAGAGCCUGCUUGUAUGAACGGGUUUUGUUAGCCCUACAUGAUCGAGCUCCCCAGUUAAAGAUCUCCGAUGACCGGCUGACUGUGGUCGGAGAGAAGGGCUACUCUAUGGUUCGGGCUUCUCAUGGGGUUCGGAAAGGUGCCUGGUACUUUGAAAUCACGGUGGAUGAGAUGCCGCCAGACACCGCUGCCAGGCUGGGCUGGUCCCAGCCGUUAGGUAACCUUCAAGCUCCCUUAGGUUAUGAUAAAUUUAGCUAUUCUUGGCGGAGCAAAAAGGGGACCAAAUUCCACCAGUCCAUUGGCAAGCACUACUCUUCUGGCUAUGGACAGGGAGAUGUCCUGGGGUUUUAUAUCAGUCUUCCUGAAGACACAGAGACAGCCAAGUCACUGCCCGAUACCUAUAAAGAUAAGGCUUUGAUAAAGUUCAAGAGUUAUUUGUAUUUUGAAGAAAAAGACUUUGUGGAUAAAGCAGAGAAGAGCCUAAAGCAGACUCCCCAUAGCGAGAUAAUUUUUUAUAAAAAUGGUGUCAAUCAAGGUGUGGCUUACAAAGAUAUUUUUGAGGGGGUUUACUUUCCGGCCAUCUCGCUGUACAAGAGCUGCACGGUCUCCAUUAACUUUGGACCAUGCUUCAAGUAUCCUCCAAAGGACCUCACGUACCGCCCUAUGAGUGACAUGGGCUGGGGCGCUGUGGUGGAACACACUCUGGCUGACGUCUUGUAUCACGUGGAAACAGAAGUGGAUGGGAGGCGGAGUCCCCCGUGGGAACCCUGACCAAGUCCCUUUUUCUUUGCAGACACGGACUUCCUGGGGAAUAAUAUGAGCGGGUUUUGUUUUUGUUUUUUAACUGUGGCAAAUGUUUUCCCGAAGAUACUGCAGAACACGGCCUCUGCUGUAGCAAAUUAGAGGCCGGGUGGGUCUGAGAGAGACUCCCUGCCCUUCAGCACUCCCCCUUCUAUCAUGGCUUUUACUUCGUGUGCCAUUCCCAACAGCUGCCGACCCUGGGAUCCCAUAAGCGCCCUGUGAACUGGGCCUGUGCCAUGUACCCCACCAGCUGAGACUUGCUGCUUACUGUGUUUUCUAAGGAGUGGAUAAUCUUGCCCAAGUAGCUAACAUGUUUAAAGACAUGUCCUUCUGCGGGCAUUGCUUCCAUCCCGCCUGGUUCCCAAGGAAGUGGUGGGCCUGUUUCUGAGAACAGCUGAAAUCCAUGGCUGUACAUUCCAAACCAGUUUAACAGCUCUUUCCUUUCGCCGUGGGUGUGUUUUUGUUAUUAAUUUUGAGGUGUACCUUUGAACACUGGGAUCUCUGAAACUACUAGGUCUGUAGAACUAUACUUGUGAAGGGAACUUGCUUGCAGCUUUAACAAUUAGAAACUCUUCCCAAAUAAAACUUGUCUUCGAG